AUUGAGUUUCGAUCUUUAGCAAAUUGGGAAUUUGAAGCCAAUGAAGCACCGUACGCGCGUACGUAAGUCCUUCAGCUUCAACAAUUCGAUCACACCCAUAGCCUAAAACGUACACCAAAAUCCAGUAUGGAAAUCGAGAAUAUCGACGAUGUCACGGCCGUCUCCACCGAGGGAAGCAAUUCUGUGGCAGUAGAAAUUAAUGAAGCAGAUCUUGAAGCGAUUCGAGAAGCCCAAAUUGAAAUGGAUAUAGGGAUGUAUUCACAAGACGCCUUAAAGAUGCGAGAAGAAGUCACCCGUGAAAGGACUCGCUGCAUCUAUAGAGUCCUCCCGAAGCAAAAGGAGAUCAACGGCAACUUGUACAAGCCAAGAGCCUUCUCCAUCGGGCCUUACCACUACGGUGACAGUGACCUUGAUCAGGCCAACGAAGACUACAAGUGGCGCUGCUUCGGCACCUUGCUCGACAAGACCCAAUCCAAUGGCGUACCCUAUAGGAGAUACUUGACAGAAAUAGCCCAACUUGACAACAGAAUCAGAGCUUGUUAUUCUGAAAACAUCGAUCUCGCUGAAUUCCACCAAAUGAUUAUUCGUGAUGGUUGUUUUAUAAUAGAGUUGUUUCGCGCGUUUGGCCGUCAGAAACUCCGUGAGGGCCGGCCCGUGCCCGAGGGCCAGCCCGAGCCCGAGGAAUUUCUGAUCACCACCACGGAAAGGAUAGUACCGUAUCUUCACAUAGACUUUCUCCUGCUUGAGAAUCAGCUCCCUUUCUUCGUUCUGGAAACGUUAUUUAACAUUUCCACGAUGCCUGCAGACCCCCUUCUGUCCUUGAAAGAGCUUGCUUUGCAAUUCUUUCAAAAGCCAAUGGGAAUAACUGACAAAUUCUUCCAGACGUCCAUCCAGAGGUCCGCCAAUCUCGAGCCCAUGCAUUUGCUGGACUUGGUUCGGUCUAGCUUAAUCCCACCCCAUCCAGUGCCACAAAAUAGUGUGCACUACGCAAAGGCCCAAAAGUUUCCCAGCGUCUUGAAGCUCCGUAGUGCGGGGAUUGAGAUCAGGAUGGGCGAGGCAGCUAGUUUCUUGGAGGUGAAGGUGGAGAACCGUGUGAUUGAGAUGCCCGGCAUAGCCAUGGACGACUUCAUGAGAUAUUUCUUGUUCAACUGCGUGGCAUACGAGCAGUGCCACAAGAGGACAACGAAGCACAUGAGCGUUUACGCCACUUUCCUGCACUGCCUUGUGAACACAGAAAGUGACUUUGAUUACCUAUACGAGCGCAAGGUGUUUGAACUUGGGGCUGACGCAGAGCUUACGGGCUUCAUCAACAAGUUGGGCAAGGACUUGGUUUUUGAUAUUCAUUCUUGUUAUUUGUCCAAGGCGUUCAAUGAUGUGAACGAGUUUUAUCGGAAGAGGUACUAUUGGAAGUGGGCGACCUUCAAGCGUGAAUAUUAUAACAAGCCUUGGUUGUUCAUUUCGGCAUUUCUUGCCUUUGUGCUCCUAGUGCUUACUAUAACGCAGACCGCCUUCGCCAUCCUCACAUAUUUUAAAAAACAUUAUCCCCCUCCGCCUUCCUCCUCCAUACCAUAAUAACACUAGUCUUUUGUAACGAUUAUUAGAGGAUUGUGGAUUUUAGGUGUACGUGUGAAGCUCUUGUAGUUUUCUUUGUCACUGUUAAUCGAUUUACUGGCUGUCGUCGUGGGAGUUAAUUUUAUUUAUAGUUUUCCUUUGUUUUGAUUUAGUAGUUUUGUUUGUCUGGCUGAAGACGUAAAACUUAGCGCUCAUGGGAGGCAACCUAUCUUGUAACAUUUUUCUUUCUCUGUUUCUGGUUUCAGAUUAGAA